AUGGCGUCUCCUGCACGGAUCCUGGGAAUGGGCUCAGCCAUGGGCACGUGGUUGCUGCUCUUGGUGCUGCUGGCGGCGGCCCCGGCACAGGCGGCAGCGCCCCGGCACCGCCCGGUGCUGCCGGACACGGCGGGCAGCGGGGACGGGGACGAGGCGUCGGCCACGCUGCCCGCCCAGCCCGUGACCCCCCACAUCAGCCCCACGGUGGGGGACGCGCCGGGGACCACGGUGACCAACAGCUCGGCGCCGGGCGUGCUGGAAGGGCUGGCGGACUUCUUCAAGGAGUACCUGCUGCUGGUGGUGGUGGUGGGCUCGCUGUCCUUCGUCCUCCUCUUCAUCAUCUGCGCCGCCGUCAUCGUCCGGCAGAAGCACAAGGCCUCCGCCUACUAUCCCUCCUCCUUUCCCAAGAAGAAAUACGUGGAUGAGCGGGACAAGUCGGGGGGAGCGCGGGCGUUCAGCGAGGUGCCCGAGAAAGGCCCCGAGGCCAGCGCGGAGGAGCCGCUGGACAGCGGCCGGCAGCUCCAGGCGGACAUCCUGGCUGCUGCCCAGAACCUCAAAUCCCCCCACAAGGCACCGCUGGCCAACGGGGCCCAGGCCGAACAGAAUUCCCCUCAGGAGGAGGAGAAGGAGGAAAAGGAGGAAGGGAAGAAGUUGGGGGAUGAGCAAGCCAAGCCCCCUGCUCAAAGUCCAGGCGUGGAGGAAGCGGCGAGCGCAGGGAGCAAGGAGAUGCCUGAUGCAUCCCAGGAUGGCUGCCAGGCUCCCUCUGGAAUCUGAGGCAGGGACACAGUCCCGGGCAAGCCUGAGGAGCUGCUGGCUUGGGACUCAUGAUGGACACGGUGGGUCAGGCUCCGUACGUACGUGGUGGCUCAAGGAAGCCCCGAUGAAGAUCCCAUUCCCUCCCAGCUCCCCCGACCCUGGUGCUGAUGGGAUGCUCGUGGGGGGGGAUUUGCCAGCUGGUGGUUUUCCCCAGCACUGGAAUGCCAUCAGCCCCAGCUCCUGCUGCCCAAGGGGCUUCUCCCACCCCAGGCACUGGGGGUGUGUGCAUCCCCCCAGCUGCAGCUCUGCCCCCACUGUGCCACCAGCUUCCUCCCAAAUGUUAUUUCAAUCAGCAGCAACAGCCUGGUCCGUGCCAGGCUCCUGGCUGGGAGCCGAGUCCCUCUGGGAGAAGGGAUGGGACCAGGGCUGGAGGUCUGUAGGACAUGGGUCAGCUUUGCUCAUGGCCACCCAAGGGAAAGAGGGAUGAGGAUUUAGGACAAGGACCCUUCUUUCCUUCUUCCACCCCAGAGCCCAGCUGGAUUUUUGCCUCACUUCCUGAACCUUUCAGCUAGAAAUAAACAUUUCCUCUGCACA